AACCCUGUGCUUCGUCAUUCGCACGCAUACAGAUUUACUAUUUGCUGCAGAGAAGAACGAACACAAAAGAAAAAUAGUAGUUUUCUAUACGAAUCGACGCCCAACCCAGCCCAAAAAAAGUACAUAUUUGUUGCAGUUUUUCAAUUCAAAUCAGUUAAAUCGUUUUGUGAGAAAACUCGAAUUCGAACUCGAACUCGAAACCGUUCGGCAUGCAAACCAUCAAGUGUGUGGUCGUCGGAGAUGGCGCCGUGGGAAAGACGUGUCUUCUAAUCUCGUACACAACCAACAAAUUUCCAUCGGAAUAUGUGCCAACUGUAUUCGAUAAUUAUGCGGUGACGGUGAUGAUUGGCGGUGAGCCGUACACACUCGGAUUAUUCGAUACGGCCGGACAGGAGGAUUACGAUCGAUUGCGUCCGCUGUCAUAUCCGCAAACGGACGUUUUUCUCGUCUGCUUUUCGGUGGUCAGUCCCAGUUCAUUUGAAAACGUCAAGGAGAAGUGGGUGCCAGAGAUAACGCACCAUUGCCAGAAGACGCCGUUUUUGUUGGUGGGGACACAAAUCGAUUUGCGGGACGAGACGAGCACAUUGGAGAAGUUGGCCAAAAACAAGCAGAAACCGAUAACAUCGGAGCAGGGCGAGAAACUGGCCAAGGAGCUAAAAGCGGUCAAAUAUGUUGAGUGUUCAGCCCUCACACAAAAGGGACUCAAAAAUGUCUUCGAUGAGGCGAUUUUGGCAGCCCUGGAGCCGCCAGAGCCAACCAAGCGAAGGAGAUGCAAAUUCCUAUAAUUUUGCUGUCUCCCUCUCUCCCUAUCGUUCGUUCGUUCGUUCGUUUUGUUUGUUUCUUCGCGUCUUUUCGGUUGUUUUUUUUUUCGCCGCACAUUCUGUAUAUAUAUGUAUAGAAUAUAUACACAAUAUGUAUGUUUUCAUUUCCUCCCUUUUUUAAUUAUGUAUUAUUCUAUACACGCUUUCCAACACUGCAACACAAGCAAAAUUGCAAGUUUUCGCCAGCCCUAAAUUUGGUAGAUGGCAAAAUUGGACUUUAAUCAAUAAUAACUAUUAUUUUUAUUUUGUGUGUUUUUAAUGCCAUUUGAAAUAUGUACACAUUUAAAUUGUCUACAAAAAAAAUCAAAAACAAACAAAAAUUUUGCUUGCGCUGUGUUUUGUCCCCCUCCCACUCUUCCCCCCUCCUUUCUCUAUUUCUUUUGUUUUGGCGCAAUUUUCUAAUAAGAUACAAAAAAAAAGAAAGCAAAAAACAAACAACAAUAACAAUUAUAGCAAACACAUUAUUUAUAUAAACAUAUAUACAAAAUUAAGAGAAGAAAAACAAGAGAAAGCAGAGAGAAAAAUGUAUGCAAUUUUCUGUUUUGCAUUAAUACAAAAAAAAAAAAAAACCUAAAAUAGGACACAAAAAAAAAUACUGAGCCUCAGUGUGAAAGAGCUAGAAGAAGCAGCAAAGAGAAGAGAAUUAUUAUAUAAAAACAAAAAAAAAAACAACUAUACAUACAUACAAACAUAGAUACACGCAUACAUAUAAUGCAUAUGAAGGAAAUCAAUACAAAUACAAAUACAAUGCUUAAACAAACACACACAUCCACACACACACACACGAAGAACAACGGAACUAAAAACACUAAACUAAAUGGAAAAUAUGCGUAAUUGUAUGUAAAACGCUAUUAUGUAUCAAAAAUAAGAGUAUUGAAAUAUAUAAGAGACAAAGUUGCAAAAAAAAAAAUGGAAAA